CUGGAAACGGACGGUAAUAGACAGGUAAGAACAAACAGUUAGUGUGCUAGGAAAUGUGCGUGAAGUGUCCAUGAGGAAUUUAACAUUUAAGGCGUUUCCCGACGAAAGAUUUAGACAUUCAUUACCUGGAAUGCCUUUUUGUUGUUUUAGAAAAGUGUGUAGCAAUUGCAAUUGAAUGUUAGCUUGACGUCCUGCCAAGCUCGGCUGAUAAGCAGCGUCAACCGCCGAACCGAACCGAAGAGGAUUUAUGAGAAGCGGGGGAUGUGACUGCACUUGAACUGCUGUUCGGAACCUCGUUUUCGGGUUCCCUCAUCUGUUGCUUGUUGUAGCGGAGUCGACGUGGUUUCGAGGCGUCGCCAGCAGGCUAUCACGGAAGGGUCCCACUACCAUAAGACACCCGCCUGGCAACAAGCCCAAGUCGAAAUGCUUCUUCUUCCUGCUUGAGACUCUUCCUAACGGAGACUCCCCUUCCCUCCCCCAAAAGAAAUGGAGCGCGCCGGUAGCUAACAAGCCCCCCGCCACCCCCCAUUUUGGGGAGAGCCACGGAGGACGGCGGCGACACAAGCGAGGCUUCGCUGAAAUGAGAUGAGGCUCAGAAAUGGAACUGUGGCCACUGCGAUAAUUUUUUUCACGUCUUUCCUCAGCUUGUCCUGGUACACCGCCUGGCAGGAUGGCAAAGAGAAACUGGUAGCAUACCAGCGGGAAUUCCAUACCUUGAAAGAGCGCCUUCGCGUCGCCGAGCACAGGACACUGCAGCGCUCGUUGGAGCUCAACAACAUCCUCGAGCAGUUUCGGCGCGCCGUUGCCGAAACCAACAACAGCAAAGAUGCCCUCACCACUUUUUCAGCGGAUACCAAGAAACUUUUUAAGCAGCUGGCCAACAGGGCACCUCUCCACGUGCCAGACAUCUAUCACCACAUGCCUCACCUGCUCACCAAUGAGGACAGCUUGCACCCCGCCGUACAAGUCAGCCUCGGACGCACUGGAGUUACCAUGGUGAUGGGGAUCCCCACGGUGAAGCGGAAGGUGAAGUCGUAUCUGGCGGAGACGCUGCAUUCGGUCAUCGACAAAUUGACUCCGGAGGAGAAACUCGACUGUGUGGUUAUUGUCUUUGUUGGGGAGACUGACCUGGAGUACGUUCAGAGUGUGGUUUCAAGCCUGCAGAAGGAGUUCUCAACAGAGCUGAAUUCAGGUUUGCUCGAGGUCAUUUCGCCUCCCGCCACCUUUUACCCAGACCUCAACAACCUUAAAGAGACAUUUGGUGACUCCAAAGACAGAGUAAGAUGGCGGACAAAGCAGAACCUGGACUAUUCCUUUCUCAUGAUGUAUGCAGUGAGCAAAGGAGUUUAUUAUGUUCAGUUGGAGGACGACAUUGUUGCCAAGCCCAACUACUUUGCCACCAUGAAGAACUUUGCCCUCCAGCUUGCGUCCGAAGACUGGAUGAUCCUGGAGUUUUCUCAGCUCGGCUUCAUCGGGAAGAUGUUCAAGGCACCAGACCUGAAUCUCAUUGUCGAGUUCAUCUUCAUGUUCUAUAAGGAGAAGCCAAUCGACUGGCUGCUGGACCACAUUCUCUGGGUCAAAGUGUGCAAUCCUGAGAAAGAUGCGAAACACUGCGAGCGCCAGAAGUCCAGCCUCCGCGUGCGCUUCCGACCCUCCUUGUUUCAACACGUGGGCCUCCAUUCUUCUCUCGCCGGGAAGAUCCAAAAGCUCACAGACAAAGACUUCCUCAAGCCUCUUCUCCACAAGAUACAUGUCAACCCUCCUGCCGAGGUUUCCACCUCAAUGAAGGUUUAUCAUGGCCACACCCUGGAGAAGACAUACCUCGGGGAGGAUUUCUUCUGGGCCAUCACACCUUCCGCAGGAGACUACAUCCUCUUUAAAUUUGACAGACCCAUCAGCAUAGAGCGGUUCCUGUUUCGCAGCGGUAACCAGGAACACCUCGGGGACAAGAUGCAAAACACCACAGUGGAUAUACUGCCCGUCUCCGAACCUGGACCGCAGACCAAAGAGAAGUACAAACGAACUGAAGACCGCUUCUACAGGAUCGGUCAGUUUGAAAAGGGUGUGGCUGAAGGGGCUGUCGAUCCUUCCUUCAAUCCCAUCGUGGCCUUGCGACUGUCUGUCCUCAAAAACUCGGCUGUUUGGGUCAUCAUCAGUGAAAUCCAUAUAAAGAAGACAGCAGGCUGAAUUUUGUGCAGGGCGGCCUCGAAUUGCCGAUCCCUGGCAGUGAAAAGCUCGCAGGCUUCUCAUAUUGGGGCCUCAGGCAGCAAUGAAGUCAUGAGACCACUUGGAGCUAGCUCAUCAUUAUUUUUCUUUUCACCCUUUUCUCCCCCUGUCUGUCACUCUCUUACUUAUCUUGAUAGUGAGAAUGUGAAUUCUGCUGCCAAUGGGCAAAACAGGCACGCUUGUGUGACGGAACCACACAAGCAUUUUGGAACACAAUCGGAUGAACGAGGACAAAAUCAUGACGUCAGUACCUGGCCACUUGUGUCCAUGUAUGCUGCCAAAUCACUCCCGUUCUACUCAAUGCUGCCACUCUUGGGCGUGCUGGGGCAUUGCACUCUGACUAGCGCCACCGGCUGGUGCCCACGAUUGUGCCAGGAAUGUAUACCCUAACCCACCAAUGAGGAAAUACCGUUUUAAGUACAACACCAGCCCCAACACACAAAAUACUCCAAUAUCUUUAAAUCCUGCCUGUGCUCGGUUACGGUUGGCGAUAAUUGUUGAAAGGAAAAAAAGUGAUCACCGCCUGUCUGACCUGACGGGGGUCCUUGUAUAUAACCCACUCAAGAGAUUGCCUUGAUGCCGUUUUUUUUCCAGAAGGAACAUACUGAUAAAGAAUUAGAUAUAAGGAUCUAUGAAGGUGACUUAAUUUAUUUAAAAAGAGAUCUUUUAAUUUCUACAAGAAGUAAAUAUAUUUUUGAAUCUAUUACGGGAUGUUUAUGCUUGUGUGACUUUAGUUUUUACGUUUGCUGUGCAUUUUCACGAUUACCAUUUCAUUUCACUUGAAGCCGAUUGACAUUAUUCAUAAUUUUCAUACAGCUCAAAGAUAGGAAAGAGGAUAACAGACUCAGUUGUGUGUGGAAAAUUGUGCCUUAUAUCGUGUUCCCCAAGUGUGUAUCAGCUGUUUCAAUCACAUUUGCCAACAUCUCACUGGCUGGAUAUAGUAUUAUCAUUGUUGUUAUUGAUGUGAAAAUAGCAGACAGUGUUUGAUGUGACUCCACGAGUGUGGUAUCACAUUACAUUUUAAACUGCUUGCUUUGCACUGUUUGUUGGUUGCAUCAGCAUUGGGACCACAAUCUUUUCAUUGUACGAGGACCAUUAGGGCCAUACUGAAGAAGAGGAGGGGGCGUGCCAAAUUAUGAGAACUUGUUAACAAGUUGUACCCUUAUGGAAAUCAUAAUGUGUGGAAAAACUUUUUUCAGAGAUGGAAAAUAUAUUGUAAUUUUAUUACAAGACAAAAAGUCACUGUUAGUAGUUUAAAAGCAAAACAGUACAAGAGUAGAAAAAAAUUUUUUCUUGCAGAGCCUUGGGAUCGACCACAUACGAGUAACCUUUUUGAAUGUGAAGUAAAAACUCUUCCAUUCAUGUAAAUUGAUUUUUUUUUUUUCUUGGACUACUUACUAUUGCAAGAAAAAAUAAGCAUUGUUAGUUCAAUUUAAAUCAAAUUUAAUUUGUGGCUCAUUUUUACUGUCCCCAUUUUUUUUUUUAUUAAACUAACCUGGAGAGUGUAGAUUUCUUUUUAGAAUAAAUACAAGAUUAGUCUUGUAACAACCCAGCCCCCACCCCCCUGCAGUUUUCUCGCUAAAUUACAAUUACGACUAAAGUUUUUGUUGAAUUUAAAUCAUCUUUAUGUGGCACUAAUGCUCCUUUGUACCCUUGUACACUUGUACACAUUUCUCUCUCGUUUUGUUUUGGAACGGAAUGUCACGACUACUGAUCUAAAGAGUGCACCUUUUUGUCGUAGAGUUUUAGCGGAGGAUGUCGCCUUCAUUGUAUAUGUAUAAAAAGCAAUGAGCAUCUCUUUUUCUGUCACUUGUCCAACUCACGUAACUAGUUUAUUGAAAUCCACAUCACUUUUUGUCGUAUUGCUGUCAAUUUAAAUGACAGUGGUCAAGGAGGUAAUGAAGUGCCUUUUGAUAAAAGUGGACAGAGCUGUAAGUGUGCUGUACACACACAUACUUGACAAGUGUUAUUGUUUGUCUCCAGCAAGCUUCUGGAUUACACUUUCUCGUGUUUCAAUUGAUUCUAAUUGAUCCUAAUCAGGAUGUUUACUUUGGAAAAGGAUGAGAAUAAGAUGCCACAAAGCUUCUCUUUAACAUUUACUGGAUUGUCUUGAUGCCUAAAGUUAUGAAACUGGUUGCACGUCAGAAAACCCCUCGUGAAUGUUAAUGGAGAGUAAAGACCGAAAAAACGAUUUCAGGCUAGAAACCUCCUUCCCUCAUAUCGGUUUGUGUGCCUUCAUCGUGUUAUAUGUUGCCUUUUUUGACAUCUUUUUUUCAUGGACAUGUUAGAAAUAAAUGAGGAAACAAAUUG